AUGUCUCGUAUACUCCGACGAGCAUUCGCCACCUUCCCUGCUCGAGCAGGGCCAUCCACCGCCCCUUCCACAAUCUUCCCUUCCGCUUCUUCAGUUUCCAAAACCAUCCCUCAAGCAGUCCGAAGACGUCGUACCGAACAUGAUCAUCCCUCCGGUCGAACCACCUCUCUGUCACCUCUUUCCGACUCAGAUCUCCAUUAUGCAAACACAGAAAAGAAAUUCCCUUAUCAGUUAGAAAAAGAUUAUCAAUCCUUAUUGGCCAGCGCUACAUUCGAUAAUGCCCAAUUGAGCGAUUCUGAACUUCGAGCUAGCUUCUUGAAGGGAACCGCAGAGUGGAGAUCCAGAAUCAGAGGAUAUGCUCCUAGGGGUAAAGUCGCAAGACAUGAGUAUCUGUUGGGUGUAAUGGGUGGUCAAAGAAUUGCGGUCGAAUCAAAACAAGAGGGUCAAGAAGAAGGUCAAGAAGGUGAAGAAGUGAUUGACCCAAAAAGUCAGAUUGUAGGACAAAGGGUGUAUCUUCCGAAUAUACAGAUCCGUCUAAUGAGGAAUCACGUCAAACCUGGAGAAGAAUAUGAUCCUUAUAUCGCUACGUUCCGUAUCCCACCUGCAAUGACUAAGAACGAUUUACGAUCGUACCUUCUAGCAGUAUACAACCUAGAAGUCACGUUCAUCAGGACUGAUAAUUAUAUUGGAGAAGUUGGACGAUCAAGGACAGGUGAAGUUCAGAGAAAAUCAGGUUCGAACCAUACCUACAAGAGAGCGGUCGUAGGAUUGAACGAACCGUUCCAUUACCCAGAUGAUCUAGAUGAACUCUAUGCCCAAGGACUGAAGAAUGGUGUAGGUGAUCAAUUGGCUCAAGCCAGAGAUACUUGGUUACAGGAGAAUUACAGUUUGAAUAUCUCGGAACAGAUGAGGAAGAGAGCUAUGUUCAAGUAUUAUAGAGGUACUAGAUGGAGGUCGAAGACUCAUGCUAAUAUGGGUAACACCAUCCGAGAGAUCAUGAAACGAAGACAAGAGCGAGAAGAUCAAGUAUCAGAAGAGGUGAAGAGACGAUGGUCAGCUAUCGCUCAGGAGUCUCUAGGCGGUGAAGGUCAAGCUCAAACAGCAUAA